UCAGUAUGAAGGUGUAAGUUUAUGUUCUGUGGUUACUCUGCUGUCCCUUCUGAAUCAUCCAGGAGACAGAUUCUUUGCUCUCACGUGACUGUAUUUUGAAUAGCACUGUGUGUGUGAUUUGUGGCCUUUGCCCUGUAGACGGUUCUGCUCAUGAUAAGGAGCGCUUUGGUUAUAAGCGUGUUUUUACCUGUUUCAGGAAUUCUUUGCAGAAUGCUUUCAGUCUUCCAUCACCCUGAGUAGUAAAACGUGCAAAGCCUAUUUAAAGUUGGCUUUAUAAUGCCCUUCCGCUUCAGUUCCGCUGUAAAUAAGUUACGCUCGAGUUCCUACUGACAUCUGAACUGCUUCUUCAGUGCAACACUUGGAAUGAAUGAAUUCUAAAAUGGUUUAUCUGCCAAACUGAUGAAAAGGAAAAUAACUUUUAUACAUAUUACAUCUUGUAAGAAGAUGAGGAACAAAAAGCAGUGUAUUCAAGAUACAGAGGGUCAAAAGCAUGAAGGCAUGGAAGGUGAAGAAAUGGAAGAAAGCUGUUCCUGUUCUACUUUAUUGCAUGACGGUGACACGUGCCCCAUCUGUCUGAACUGCCUUCUGGAACAGGAGAUUGGCUUUCCUGAGAACUGUAGUCAUACUUUCUGCAUGACUUGUAUUCUUAAAUGGGCUGAGACGCAGGCUUCAUGUCCUAUUGAUCGCAGACCAUUUCGAGCAGUAUGUCAGCUUGGUGCAUUAGAAGAUCAGAUAAAGAUUCAGGUAGAAAAACAGCAAAAGAGAAAGAAUGAGGAGGAAUGCUGUACCCAGAGUAAGGAAAAAUAUAGCCAUGCGAAGAUAAGAAGAUUCCUGAGAAGAGCUGUAUGUUCGGACAGAGGGCCCUUAGCAGCAAAAUGGAGGAGAGUUGUGAAGAAAAAAUACAGUAAUGUUUUGUCUGACAAACAAAACAAGAAGGCUCUGUCUGCAAAGACCAGAAGGCAGAGCUGCUGGAAUGAGUGCUUCAGGACUGGUUUCUAUAGUACGCUUCCAGCCAGUGGUACCAAUGAAGAAUCCUUUCUUAGCUGUAGAAAUGACUGUACAGAAUUCACAGAAGUCAGUGCAAUGAUCAGGCAGAAGAGACAAGAACUGGAAUUGUCCUGUUCAUCAGUGCUUGCUAGAGUUGAAAGAACUCCUGUAGUGUCUUAUGGAGCUGAAGCUGAGACCUUUCUUCUCACUUCCACUGCAGUGGCAGGGACGGUUCUUCCAACAAAUAUCAGGCCUUUGGAAAACUUGGAAUCUUUAGGGAAAGGAUAUGCUGUUGCGUGUGCGCAAGAAGGAGAAGAGAAAAAGCAAGCAUCAGGUUCGUCUGGCACUAGGGGAGCUAGAAGGAAGUCUGUUAAUACUACUCCUAGAAGAAGGUCUGCACGGAACACCAAAAAUGAGACUCUGAGUCAGUCUCGGAGCUCACCUCGGUCAGGCAGUUCAGGGUGCAGUGCCCCUGAUGGCAGUAAUCCACCUCUGAAUAAAUCCUCUUCAGAAUCAGAGAAUGUUCUUCCAAAACGAAAUACUAAAAGAGCAGGUAAACAACCAACACCUCUGGCUAAAAAGAAACUGAGAAGUUCUGCACGUUCUGAAAAAUCCUCCAGUGAUUCAGUGGAUGACGAUGAUGAUGAUGAUGUUGAGUCCGAAGCAGUUCUAAUGGUAGAUAAAGACCAGCAGUCAGAUAAUGAAAGCUGUAGUGCAAACCUUCCACAGAAAAAUGAUGCAGAAACAGAAUCUGCUGAUGUAUUGGAAAGCUGUGAUGAACAUGCAGAAAUUGAGGAAACUACAGGGGAACAUGAGGAAGGUACUUCAGGCAAUGGAGAUGUAAGUUUUUCUGUCCAAGAAUCUACAGUAUUGACUGUAGGAGAAGGAAAUCAAGAAUUAGAAAUAAAAGAUCUUAAUGAAGAAAAAUUAGAACUUGGAAAUCAGGAUGUCUGUGAAAAUACUCUUGAACAAGUGGGAACAGAGACAAGUCCCAGAGAUAAACUGUGUGACCAUACAACAUUUGAAGAUUCACACGAGAUGUGUAGUCCUCAGGAAGAAUUACUUGAUAAUAUAAAUACAUUGACAAAAAUGCGUCAACCAAUAACUAGUCAAGAAAAUGAAUUAGUGGAGCAUCCAGAGCCUUUGGAACAAGAUCAGCCAUUAGAGAGCCCCAGAAGUGAAUUGCAUGAGCAUACAGAAACCAUAGAAGUAGAUAAUGCUAAGGCAGAUGAAGAGACAGUAAUGGACUGUGCAAGUGCAAACACUCAAAAUGUUAAAAGUGAUGAAGACAAGGAAUUAGAUGGGUUAAUAUGCAAUGCUUCUACAGACACAGAGCAAGCCUUAAAAGAAAGCCCUGUGCCAGAGGGUGAAGAGAACAGAACUUCAGAGUCACCGAUGAUAAAUGCUGAACAUAAACAUUUUGGUGAGGAUAACAAUGAAAUGAUACCCAUGGAUUGUGACUCAUUUUGCAGUGACCAGAACGAACCUCAGAUUGAACAGUUGCCACCAGCUGAAAGUAUAGAGCAGAGAAAAACGGACUCCUUACAGAGUGAUGCAGCAAACUCUACAUCAGCUUCAGGAUUUUCUGAUGAAAAAGGUGAAACUGUUCGCCAAGAAGGAGAGUGUCCAUCAGAACCCAAAAAAGAUAAAAAGACUCGAACAAGACGGUCUCGAUUUCAUUCACCAUCAACAACUUGGUCUCCUUCUAGGAGAGAUGGCAGGAGAUCUCAGUCACCAUCUCCUAAAAGGGAGACGACCAAAGAGAGGAGUUCCCGAUCACCCAAGAAGGAAACUGUCAGAGAGGGAAGGAGAUCCUUAUCUCAGUCUCCGAAAAGAGAAGCACUCAAAGAUGAGAGAAAAACACCAUCUCGAUCUCCCAAGAGGGAAACUGCUGGGGAAAGGAGGAGAUCGUCUUCUCGGUCAAGAACAAGGGAUUCAUCUCCAAGACAAAAAUCUAGAUCUCGAAGUAGUGAUAGAGAUUGUCAGAGAAGGGAUCGUGGUAGAGAGAGAAGAAAUAGGAGAUGGUCCAGGUCCCGAUCUAGGUCCCGGUCACGAUCUAGGUCAAGAUCACAGUCAAGGACAAGAAAUAAAGGUUCCUCAUUCUCUAGAAAUGAGAGGGAUGGUCAUUCACCUCGUUGGAAAGAUAAAUGGGCAAAUGACAGCUGGAGGAGUCCCAGAGGAAAUGAUCGAUACAGAAGAAAUGAUCAAGAGAAACAGAAUGAAAGUCUAAAGGAGAAGGACAAUAUGGAAAAAAACAGUGAGGCUCCAUGUUCUCCAGACAAGAGGAGGAAUGAUUGUCCAGACUGGGUAAUGGAAAGGAUAAACUCUGUUCCUGAACACAAGAACAGAGACAGACCUCAUUGGGAAGACAGCAGGCAUGAUAAUUCAGGACAGUCUUGGAAUAAGAACUUUGGUUCAGGUUGGAUUCCAAAUAGGGGAAGAGGUCAUCGUGGCAGAGGUGGGCGUGGAAGAGGCAGUUUCACAUAUGGAGACUACAGUGAAAAUCACUGGCAGAGUAGAAAACCUCUCUCAGGGAACUCAAAUGGUUCUGGGAAUGAGGCUACAAGGUUCUCAGAGCAGCAGCCAUACAAGCGUAAGAAUGAACAGGAUUCUUUUGAUACACCUGCUGAUAGAUCUGGGUGGACAUCUGCGUCCAGCUGGGCUGUUAGAAAGACUUUACCUGCUGAUGUGCAGAAUUAUUAUUCAAGAAGAGGACGGAACUCAUCAAGCCCGCAGUCUGGAUGGGGAACUAGACAAGAAGAAGAGACACUUGAACAAGAUCCAAACCUCAAAGACCAAGGCAACCAGCAAAGUGAUGGUUCUCAGUUACCAGUAAAUAUGAUGCAGCAGCAAAUGAAUGUAAUGCCACAAGUGAAUGCACAGCACCAGCCUAUGAAUAUGUUUCCAUAUCCCGUGGGUGUCCCUCCUCCUAUGAUGAAUAUGCAACGAAAUCCUUUUAACAUCCCCCCUCCAGUGCCCAUGCAUCUCCAUACCGGAGUGCCUCUCAUACAGGUAGCUGCUCCCACAAACUUGUCUCAGGGAUUACCUCCGCCUCCACCUCCACCCCCACCAUCUCAACAAGUCAACUACAUUGCUUCACAGCAAGAUGGAAAACAAUUGCAGGGUAUUCCAAAUGCUGCUCAUGUAAGUAACAACAUGAGCGCUCCAGCCUUGCCUGCUCCAGCAGCAGUCCUGGGAAAUGUGGGAACUGUUCAGGGACCAACUUCUGGCAACGCGACGUCAUCGAGCCACGUGAAGGGCUCUAAUGCAGCUGUAAAACUGGGAGAAAACAAAGCAAGUGUAACAGUGGAAGCCAGCGCAGACAGCUCGAAGAAGGACCAGAAAUUGCUAAUUCAAGAAAAAGCAGCACAAGAAGUCAAACUGGCUAUUAAACCUUUCUACCAAAAUAAAGACAUCACUAAGGAAGAAUAUAAGGAAAUUGUGCGGAAAGCUGUAGAUAAAGUUUGUCACAGCAAGAGUGGAGAAGUUAAUUCUGCAAAAGUGGCCAAUCUGGUGCGAGCGUAUGUAGACAAAUACAAACACUCACGGAAAAAGAGCGCGGAGGAGGCGGUCUCCUGUGAGAGGAAAUGAUGUCGUUUCAGUUCUUACUUUCAUUCUCUCUGCAAAGUGCAAUUUCAUCACAAACCGUUCACUGAAAAUCGGACACGGCUGUGCUUUGAAUCUGGGUUUGAUAAAUGAUUUUUCAAUGUAGUAUAUGAUGUUUUGUUCUAAAGAGAUGCAGAGCUGCAGGGCCACUUCUUUAUUCCUUUUUAAGAGCAGAUGUUUAAAAAAAAAAAAAGGAAAAGGUGUAAAGAAGAAUCGUUAGGAAUGUACGAUUGUGUGGAUACGUAGAUGUACAGCAUUUUGACUUCAAUGGCGGUGCAUUAAAUUAGAAACUUGUCUGAAUACGUUGAUUUUUGGACCAGGUAUGUACAGUACAUCUAAUCGGUCAGAUGUCGAGGGAGUCUUUUUGUUUUGAUUUCUCAGUGAUAGCGAAGUUUAAAUAAUGUACUGCCUUGACAGAUGCUUUGAGCGUUAAAUGGACAGGCUGACCGCAGGGCUCGCAGUGUGUAUAUACAGAGCACAUGGAGUUGUCUGAACAGAAGAACUGUUUGGAUUUUAAAAGGAAAAACCAUAAACAGUAAAGCUCGGUGCCCCAGCUGAAGGGCGCUGCCGAUCUGUUGUAACACCAAAUAAAAGUUAUGCUGCUCGGUUUUGUUUGUGACGUUUUUCCGUUUGUUUCAAAGUAGUGGGAUGAACUUGAUGAAUUUUUAUGUGCUGAAUGCCUUCAGUCACUCACCACACACCGACAACCUCAGCUCAGGCCUAAUCCUGCCCUCAGCUAACACAGCAGCGGGAGCUUCUGUGCUGCAGCUGGAUGUUCGGGCACACCAGCUCCUUGUUUCUUCAAGCAAGACCAAGGAAAGUUGGAGUUGGUUCCUGGGCUGCUCAGAGACUGUCAGGUGUACCAACCUGAGCUGUGCCCUGCUUCCCUUUGUUAGCCAGGGCCUGGAGCGUGGAGCACCUGACUGCCGUCAGUGGAAGUGCACCACAUAAGUGCACCGGCUUUUAUGCUUCCUCAAGCACUUGCUCUAGAGAGGUUAGCGGAGGUACCACAAGCGUUCUGAAAGCAGAUCCGGAGUCAUUAAAUGUGCUAGAAGAAUGCUUUCACCUCAUGUAGAGCGAGUGUUACUGAGAAGGGCGGCAGUGAGGGUUGCUGAGAUCAAUACAAGCUCCGAAUCCUUCCACAUUUGAGCAGGAACGGAGCCUUUCUCUGAGCUUCACUCUGAGACAGAAAUGCUUUCCUCAGGGAGAGGUGCUUCACCUCAGCGCUGCCCUCAGGCCUGGCUGCGUUGCCUUGUUGAGGGGCUGCUUCACCAGCAAACCAUGCAGACAGAGAUGUUCCUCAUAGCUUGUCUUGACAGCCAGUAGUUCCCCAAGUCACCUUUUCUUAACCAAGAGCCCACUCUUACCCUGUAAGUAACUUCUGAACUAAGGGAGGUACAGCGGUAAAAGAAAAAUAAGAAUGUGAUGCUUCUCAAUUAUAACUUUAUACAGACUUAAUGAAGCCUUUGAGUGUCUGUAUUUAUUUUUGUGUGCCUAAAUAAAAAUACUAUGUAAAUUAGAAACUGCUAUCAUACGUUUUCUACAGUUGAGCCAGGUUUUAGUGUUUUCAGAAGCCUCAGUUUUACGGUGUGGCAGCAGUUUGUAUGAGUUCGAGAGCUCUUUUAAGCCAGGACAGGUUGGCACUUUGGAGAAUUGUAGCAAAUGAUUGCUAUGUCUGUCCUGGUUUAUCACGCCAUGUGUACUGAUUUUUAUUGCAUUUUACUUCUCUGGAUUUUGGGAUUUUAAUGACUUUUUGUACCUUGAUACAGUUGAGCCUUCAUAUAGAGCUCCCUUCGGGAGCCAUGUAAAUGUGUCUUUCUUAUAAAGGAGAGGUGGAAAUGGAUGGGGGGUGGGUGAUGAUGUAGUGCCUGAGCUGGAGACGUGGGGUUGCCGAACCCAUUUUGCAGCUCCUGUUGGGUCCUGGGCUGCCACAUGCCGCCAUCUUGGUGGGGCGGUGGCUGUAGUGAUCCUCCGCUGUAUUUCAGCACGAAGAAUAUGGGAUGGAUUAGAAUGUGAUCAAGAACUUUACUUUGUACAAUGGAAUAUUUCAGAACUUGACAGAAAAAGAUAUGCAAUUCAUUGCAAUUUCUAUGCUGAAUUUACAAACAAAAACCUUACUUAUUGCCUUAAUACAUGGACUCUUCCUGUUUUUCCCGAAAGCAGUUCGGUCUCUGUUGGUGUGACUGCCCAUGAAGGUGUGUACGUUAACCUUGUGGCCAUGUAUCUGUUAAGAUGGUAUGAGAGCUGUAUUCCUAUUUAUUGAAAGUCUUGUACUGAAACUCGUGCAUGCACUAAUACUGAAGGCAAGUGCUGGGAGCGCAGAGCCCAGCCCGUCCCUCUGUGGUAUCCAAAACUCAUUUGGUCCACGUUGCCUUGAGGGAAAUGAAUAACAACAGAACUGUACUUUCUAUGAACUCAGGCAAAUCAGAAGCGUUUUUCCCUGCACUCCUCCCACUGCCUCGCUGUGCAUGCUGCUUGAAUGUCUCAUCCUGAAGAUAAGAUGUGUGCUGGGAGCGCAGUGGCUGUACACAGUUACUGUACGGUGUUUGUAGCAUGAGGCCGGAGUGCUGUCUACUGAAAGAAAGAACUAGUUUUGUGUAGUGCUUAACGUUUUCUAAUAAAUUCUUUUCAUUAAGC